UUGGAAUUAUGUUGGCACUUAUACUUCUCCUCUUCAGGCGAUACAGGGGAGAGAUAUCAAAAGCUCUGCCAUGUCUUGCACGGCGUCGGCUGACCCCAGGUUCAAAUUCCCGUUGGCGGACUCGAAACCAAAGGCCUCCAGAGAUCUCCGAUGCUCUGUUGACACCAGAAGCUGGCUUAAGAGGUAGUGUAGGUUGGGAUUAUAGGUCAACCUUUGCGCGGCCAACUGUAACCGAGAAAUCGAGGCGGUCGCUCCCCAGAUCUUUGAGAAGACUCGUUCGGUUCAAUCCCCUCAGGCAGAAUCCCGUCACGCCUCAUACACCAGGAGAAGGCACUCCCAGCCGGAACUCGUUCGUCUCAUUCUUCCGCCGACGCUCAACUGCCUCGGCCGCCCAAAGUGUUAUUGACGUAGAAUCUCCCCCUUCGCUUCCGCCUCUGCCAGCUGUGCUCUCGCCUCCUCGACCUCCAGCCAUAUCUGUUUCGAGAGACCUUGUACAGAGCGAGCCGGAUGAAUUUCUUCGACCACAAGCUUUCCCAAUCCAAGUCUUACCUCCCGCCUUCAACCGCUCAUGGUGUUACAGGAACAGUCAAACGACCCUGGCGUCGGUGGAAAGUGAAACCCGCUCCUUCGUGUCCGUGCCUGGAUGGGUGAAAUUCCACUACCCGCGUAUUUCGCACAAUGAUAGAGGAGUGCGUGGGGAAUCUUCAACGCCGCUUCCUGCUCCUCAGGCUGUUUCGCCUGGUUCAUGGUUGAAGGCGAAAAUCCUCCGUCGCUCGCAGUCCACAAUUAAUUCGAGCAAAAGGGGAACUCAGACUGGAAGCGAUAGCUGUGACGAGUCCGGGAGCACUGAAUCGCCUGUAGCCGGGCCCAGUGGAUGGAAGCAGACCCAGGUUGGCCAUAGGAUGAGCUGUGAGAGUGCUGGUAGCUUGAUGGUGGAGAAACAGGAGCCUUGGCAUUUUUGAGGAACCCGUGUUCCUUGACUUGUAAAAUAGAAGAAAAACGAAUCAACUUUUCCAUUCCCCCAUGCUUACUUGAAAUGACAGUUCUGUUAUCCCACUGC